UUGCGACCUAACUGGAGCUUGGCCUCGACCGAACAUAGAUGAGUUACCGUAACCUUCCGAAAGUAACUUAACGACCCCCAAAAGAUAGCUACUCCCAGAAAGUAACGUCAAAAAGUUAUGGCCGUUAAUAUCCACGAAAGUAGCAAGCCACCCCCACCCCCUCCCAGAAAAAAGUGAUGCCCAGGCUCAGUAGUAUACACAUUUUUCCCUUUAAAAGUCAGUUGAAAGUUCCAGUAACUUGAUUUAUAUGUAAGGCAAUCUACAAUAAGGGAAGGUUAUUGCUUUUGCCACGAAGCGUUGUGAAGUGUCAAUUCGUACUUCAGCAGUUAAUGUUGCACCGUGUCGAAACAAAACCCGUAGAAUUUUCAUCAAGUAGCAGGAACGUACUAUAGCAAACUUUGAUUCAGAUUAACAUCAUUUUCAACAGGAAGGUAUAAAAAGGAGUGCUUCAAAUUUGAAUUGAAAACUCGACCGUCGCACUGAGUUAAUAUUAUAGCAGACUAACGUAGCAGUGCGUCAUGAAGUAGAAACAGUUAACAGUAUCUGACUAGCUUUCCUGCUGACCAAUGACAAUUCGGUAUAGACAUGACGAGUUCACCCAUGAGGUAGCAACAUAGAUUUUUAAAAUUGGAACGAAGAUUUAUGUCUCCUGUAUUAAGAACUGUUUUCACGAAUUUGCAUCUUUUAUUUCGAAAAAGAGCACAGUCCUACCAAAUUUAUGUAAUGUUUUUUGCUCCCCGAAAGUAACGAGCCCCUGAAGGCUGCUAAUUCCGAAAGUAACGAGGGUCGUAUGCGCUCGAUUUCCGCCGCUCUCUCGUGUCAGUUCUGCGUCCCUUGCUGACCCUUGCUCCUUUCCCGAACAGCGGCUGGUGAUCGAGUCUAGGGUCGUUACUUUCGGAAGUUUACAGUACAUCAUCAAACACAGCUUUUUAAUCUGAAAGUUCUGAAAAAAGUUCCUAGGGUACAGAGGUAUCUUACGAACGCAGGUGCCUAAUGGCUGAGAACGACAACAGACGGCCCGCGGUGGCUGUAGGGUUGAUUCAUUUUUGUACGUUUUGCAGACCUAUAGUCACGCUUUCUCUGUCGUCUGUAUCAUGUUAUUUUGACAACCGGAACUCUGAUAUUUCCGGACGGCAACAUACCGGCGCAGCACAGGGUCGCCGCUGCGUUGCAAACCACUUCAUAUUAUUUCGGCAUUGGGUCGUACCACUUUCAAGUUCACAUCGGAGCGCCCGAUCAUCCGCCUUGGGAACCAAGGAAACAUUUAUUAACCCGCAAGGUUAUAAAGCGUAAUACUUGUACGGUAUUUUUGUUAUUCUCAUGGCUCAUGCACAGGAUGGCAAAUGGUCGUGGCUCGUUUGUUUCUCGGCGACCCUUUCUUGGCUGGCCGCUAUGGGAUUUGUGUUCAGUUUUGGAGUUUUCUUUCCAGUAUUCAUGGAUUAUUUUAAUGAAUCCCGAGAGAAAACAGCUUGGGUAGGUUCGCUUUCAAUCGCGCUUAUCUUUUUUUCUGGACACGCCUCAGGAUUCCUCGUCAACAGGUUUGGCUGCCGCGUCACUACUCUACUGGGGGGAUUCUUGUGCGCGUUAAGCCUCGGCGUCUCCUCCCUGGCGAAAAACAUUCUCAUGCUGUAUCUGACCUAUAGUGUCCUGUAUGGCAUGGGCACUAGUUGUGUGUUCUCCGCAAGCCUCAACAUCAUCAGCAAGUACUUCAAAAAGAGGCGAUCAAUGGCGACUGGGAUUGUUACAUGUGGGCAAGGAGGAGGGGUCCUUAUCCUGGGCCCUAUUUUACAGACCAUGAUCGACACCCUUGGCUGGCAGACCACCUAUCGAAUAAUGGCCGGCGUGGUUCUCUUUAUAUGUCUGUCGGGGCUCACCUACAGUCCUAACGUACAGAUUGAAGGUGCUGAAAAUGCGUCCGUGGAAGUGAAGAGUAAAGGAUGCCAUAUCGAUGUUUCAGUUUGGAGGGAGCCAAAAUUUGUGGCUGUUGUCGUAUCAGCAUCUGUCAUGAUGUUUGGACAUUAUGUACCACAAAUCCAUUUGGUGAGAUACUGUGAAGAUAUCGAUAUUACUGCUGACGCGGCAUCCAGGCUCUUCGUCUAUUACGGACUCGCUUCCUGCUUUGGGAGACUGGCAUCUGGUCGAUUGUGUGACUUCAAGAAAGUCAACACGUUUUACGUCUAUCAGAUGGCUGAGCUAGUGGCGGGAGCAUCAAUUUUGGCUGUUACCAUAGCUGCAUCUUAUGUUCACAUGAUUGUCUUUGUUGUGAUAUACGGGUUCUGUGACGGUGUGUUUAUCACAACACUCAAUGUUCUCCUUAUCACAUGCGUUAGCCCUCAAAAAGUCUCUGUUGCUAUUGGUUGGGAGAUGCAGAUCAGCUCGUUGUUUUUGGCCAGCGGUGCACCAGUAGCAGGUCUUAUGGCUGACUCUUUGGGUUCCUACACGCACGCGUUUUACAUGGCUGGCUCAGUAGUGAUCGCUGGCGCAUGUAUUCCUUUCCUGUUGCUGUGUAUGAAGAAAAGAGAGCCUGUGCGCGACCGCUGGGCUACCCUUGGUCCAAAUGAAGAAUUGGCCGAAGCACCUGAUUGGAGGAGAUCUAUUGUUUACAUGAUUGAAGAAAAGGCCACGUGAUCUGUGGGGCACACUUGCAAACAUAUUGAACAGCUCAUUUAUUUUAUAAAUCCGGCAUGGUUAUAGUUGCAUUCAGACUUUAUUCCAGACUUCGAACAGUCUUCACUGUGCCAAUGCAUAUGUUUCUUUAUUUUAAACUUUCCUUUAAUUAGUAAGUGUUAAACUACAGGUUUUCACUUAUAUAAGAUUCAAACUUUAAUCUAAAUCAUUGUAGUCAAAGGCCAUUUUUGACAAAAAACAACAACAACAGCCAAUGAAGGUUAAGUACGCUUGUUCUUUAGAUUUCCAUUGGAGUUACUUUGUUUAAUGGUAACUUUUUAAACUUUUUAGAAUAUUUUAUUCAGUUUAAGUUUGUUUGAUAAAUACCUUAUUGGUAUUUAUUUUCGCGGGCACUUAAUUUCGCGAAAAAAUGGUCGGCAUAUUUCGCGGGUCUUUAUUUUCGCGAUUUUUUGGGUGCAAAAUUAUUUUCUUAGGGAAUUAAUUUUCGCCAAAAAUGAAAAAAAAAACAAAAAACAAAAAAAACACUUGUUAUUUCGAGAAUUUUAUUAGUAUUUUACACUUCUUAUUGCUGAAAAUCAUCAGCUCAUAACAAAACCAAAGUAUAGAAACCGCAUGGUGUACCAUAG